GCAGCUCCUUCCCUCCGGCUCCAGCUCUCAGGUUCUCGCUGCUGCGCUCCUCCUGCAGCGCUUCGGUUCCCGGGCGAGCCGACCCAGGGAGCAGGAUGCGAACCGGGGCCUAAGAGCUAGAAGUCAGCAGCACUUGACUCUGCCUCAUCUCCUCUCCUGAUCUUCUCGCCAGAUCUCCUGAUUUCCUCGCCAGCCUCGGGCCCACAGCUGCGUGUAACAGCAGAUUAAUUUAACAUUGUGUGGAAACAAGAAUUUUUCUCACCAUGAAUAUUAAGAAAGAAGAAAAAUGCAGAAGCCAAGAUUUUCAAACCUCUCAGGCCUUCGUGAUGCUUUGUGUGAUGACGCUGUUUCUUCCAGUCAUAAGGACUUCUAAAAUAAAUAUUCCCCGGCUUAAACUUCCCUACAAAGAGUUGCUGCUUUCAAACAGCUGUAUUCCAUUCAUGGGUUCAGCAGAGGGACUGGAUUUCCAAACCCUACUGUUAGAUGAGGAGAGAGGCAGACUGCUGCUUGGAGCGAAGGAUCACAUCUUCUUGCUCAGUUUGGUUGACUUAAACAAAAAUUUUAAGAAGAUUUACUGGCCUGCAGCAAAGGAGAGGGUGGAAUUAUGUAAAUUGGCUGGGAAGGAUGCCCAAACAGAAUGUGCAAAUUUCAUCCGGGUUCUUCAGCCCUACAAUCGGACACAUAUUUAUGCCUGUGGUACUGGAGCAUUUCAUCCUAUUUGCGGAUACAUUGAUCUUGGAAUUCACAAAGAGGAUGUUACGUUCAAACUCGACACACAUAAUUUGGAGUCUGGCAGACUGAAAUGUCCCUUUGAUCCUCACCAGCCUUUUGCUUCAGUAAUGACAGACGAAUACCUUUAUGCUGGAACAGCUUCUGAUUUCCUGGGGAAAGACACAGCAUUCACCCGAUCUCUUGGGCCUUCUCAUGACCAUCAUUACAUCAGAACUGAUAUUUCAGAACACUACUGGCUGAACGGAGCAAAAUUCAUAGGAACGUUUCCUAUACCAGACACCUAUAACCCAGAUGAUGAUAAAAUAUAUUUCUUCUUCCGAGAAUCAUCUCAAGAUGGCACGACCUCUGAUAAGACAGUUUUGUCUCGAGUUGGAAGAGUAUGUAAGAAUGAUGUCGGAGGUCUCCGUAGUUUGAUAAAUAAGUGGACCACUUUCCUCAAGGCCAGGCUGGUGUGUUCAAUACCUGGCAAUGACGGAGCAGAUACUCACUUUGAUGAACUUCAGGAUAUUUUUCUACUUCCUACAAGAGAUGAAAGAAAUCCUGUGGUAUAUGGAGUUUUUACUACAACUAGUUCUAUCUUCAAGGGUUCCGCUGUGUGUGUGUACAGCAUGGCUGACAUUAGAGCUGUUUUCAAUGGUCCAUAUGCUCAUAAAGAAAGUGCUGACCAUCGUUGGGUGCAAUAUGAUGGAAGGAUUCCUUAUCCCCGGCCUGGUACAUGUCCAAGCAAAACCUAUGACCCACUGAUCAAAUCAACCCGGGAUUUCCCAGAUGAUGUCAUUAGCUUUAUAAAGCGUCAUCCUGUGAUGUAUAAAUCAGUGUACCCGGUCUCUGGAGGACCUUCAUUUACUAGAAUCAACGUGGAUUACAGAUUGACCCAAAUUGUGGUGGAUCACGUUAUGGCAGAAGAUGGCCAGUAUGAUGUGAUGUUUCUUGGAACAGACAUAGGAACAAUACUAAAAGUUGUCAGCAUUACAAAGGAGAAGUGGAAUAUGGAAGAGGUAGUCUUGGAAGAGUUACACAUAUUCAAGCAUCCUUCAGUAAUCCUGAAUAUGGAGAUGUCUCUGAAGCAGCAACAAUUGUACAUCGGUUCCAGAGAUGGAUUGGUUCAGCUCUCUCUGCACAGAUGUGAUACGUAUGGGAAGGCUUGUGCAGACUGCUGCCUGGCCAGAGACCCCUAUUGUGCUUGGGAUGGAAAUGCAUGCUCUAGAUAUGCCCCAACUUCAAAAAGGCGAGCAAGGCGGCAAGAUGUAAAAUAUGGAGACCCGAUCACACAGUGCUGGGAUAUAGGAGACAGUAUUAGUCAUGAAACUGCUGAUGAAAAGGUGAUUUUUGGCAUUGAAUUUAAUUCGACAUUUCUGGAAUGUAUUCCUAAGUCCCAACAAGCGUCUAUUAAGUGGUACAUUCAGCGGUCUGGAGAGGAACAUCGGGAAGAGCUGAAACCCGACGAAAGGGUCAUCAAAACCGAGUAUGGUCUGCUGAUCCGCAGUCUACAGAAGCGGGACUCUGGGCUCUACUCCUGCAAGGCCCAGGAACACACUUUCAUCCACACCCUCGUGAAACUGACCCUGAAUGUCAUCGAGAACGACCAGAUGGAAAACCCGCAGAGGACCGAACGGGAGGAAGGGCAGGCCCGAGAUCUGCUGGCUGAGUCACGGCUGAGAUACAAAGACUAUAUCCAGAUCCUCAGCAGCCCCAAUUUCAGCCUCGACCAGUACUGUGAACAGAUGUGGCAUCGGGAGAAAAGACGGCAGAGGAACAAAGGUGGAGCCAAAUGGAAGCACAUGCAGGAGAUGAAGAAAAAGCGUAAUCGAAGGCACCACAAGGAUGUUGAUCAGCCCCCUCAAUCAAAGACCACGUAGUUUGCUGUUCCCAAGAGGAAGGACACUCGCCUGCAAGAAUACUGUGUUCGGUUUUGUACUUCCUUUCAAGGAGAUCAGCUAAUGCUCAGUAACAAUGAUCUGGACUGGACGGUAAUGAGAUUCAGGCACAUUCGUUUGAGACCGUCGUGGUACAACUGCAAUUGUAAACACAGAGUGCAAGAAUCAUCCAUAAACGAGGGAAUUUCCAUUUUUGAAUGGCUUUUCUUGUUUUCAUUAAUUGCUUUAUUUAAUUUUAUUGUGUUGAUAGGCUAGUUAAGGGCCCAGUCUACUAAUUAUCUCCUUUGGUGGGUGAGGGUUCAUUCCCCUGGAGUAUCAUUAUCAUAGUGUUUGCACAGUGGAAAGAGCUAAAUUCUUAUGAAGACUUCACUCUACUCUUCAAUUUGGUGGUGAGUGGAGUGAUUAUACAAGCGCACAUGUGACAGGGCCCAUUACCUGACUGCUUCUUUCUGUUGGUCAGAUUAUUCUAGUGAAUAAAGGAGUCCAGAAGGAGAGGGCAUUGUGUAGUAAUUCUUUCUGGCCAUUAGAGUUGUUAAUACAUUGGAAUAGGGUUUAACAGCCUAAAAAACAAACCAAUCUCCCCACAAUCUCUUAUUCCUAAAGCAACUGAUUUAUUGGGAAGAGUUCAUCUAAAAUGUGUUUUUAAAGUGCAGGUUCAUACAUGCAGGAACAGAGUUUCUGUAAUGCUUGGGGAAUCCUCAGGAUGAAAGGUACUACUUAUUUCAUUGUUUAGAGAAAACUAUGUAAGGUGUGUGUCAGAUUGUUAUAACGGCUUGGGUUAACCCUGUGGAUUUUUGUUAGCCGAAGCAAAGAUAAACAUAAAUUUGGGUUUCAGUAAAGUGACUCUUUUCAUAUAAAAAGAAAGAAUAAUCACAAUUUCAAGAAGCCUAAAUAACUGUCAACUGCAAUCCAACUUCUAAGGAAAACUGAAAUGCCAGCAAAGUUUUGAAGAGUAAUUUUCUCAGGGAGGAAUUGGGAAGAGGGGGUACAAAUCUUAUUGACAUUUAAAACGAUUUCUCUAGGCCCCUCUUCUAUUUCUCUGCAGAUGUAACAUCCUCUGCCUAGCUUUCCAUUACUCUCAUAAUACAUUUCUCUCCCUUGUUCUGGCAAUGAUUUGGGUAGACAAGAAGGAUAUAGUAGCUACGAGGAAUAAUAUUUGGUGACUUUAUAAAGUGUUUACUAAGGGACUAAAAAAAACGGAAGGAGUUAAAACAACUCUUUGACAUGUAUUGUAUUGUUUUACAGUGGCCUUUUGUAUUUCAGAGAUAAUAUGCAUUGUGAGACUCAAAGAAUUGUCAUAAUAUGAUUUUUAUUAAAUAAAAGUGAACACCUGUUGUAUAUAAUCACUAUUACUAGGUUGAGAUGAGUGGCUUGAACAUUGGCAGUAUAAUUUAGUAAAUGGCCCUGGUUUUACUUCUGACUCUUGACUGUGCACAAUAUGUACCAUUUAUUUGAACGCAACAUACCUUUCCUUGUAACGCACAACACCCUGUUAACUCUGCUUGUUUCUUCUGUUCACGCUUUUUAGAGUGUGGAAUAAAAAUUAGCCCCUUCCUCACAUGGAAGGGGACUUUGAUAAAUUCUCAAA